CCCUGCGAGCUGCCCACAGGCAACAACUCUAGAAACAAUUACAGUUGGAACUGAUAGCUUGGACGUUCAAGAAAGUUGCUUCCAGUCUGCAAUGUCGAGUUCCUCUUCAUCCCUUCUUCUGCAGAAUCUCAUUCGAUUCUCGGAACCCCUGAAAGAAUCACUCUCCCGAACUCCUUACGCUCCGCCGGAAUCCUACUCCAAUGUCUCCGUCAAAUCCCAACUCCAGUCUCUCCUCUCCAACACCACAAUUUCCGAGCCCGAAGUUCGAGUCAAAGUUAAAGACUUCGCAUUGUGCUGCGCCGCAUUAGCUUCCUCUUCAAACUCCACUAGCAUACAUCUCUCGUGGGUCCCCGACUCGCUUUCGGGUUCCGCGGUCUCCGCUUUCAAAGAAUUUGCUCAAGCUUAUUAUGAUGAUUUCAUGCACUCCAAGUGUUUGAUGAAAAUUGGUGAAUUGGAGUUGGAUUUCGGUGGUGUGGUGGAGAGUGGAAAGAAGCUGGUGAUCGAAUUGAUGCCCGAGGUUUUGCCUUUGCUGAAGAGUAACAUUAAGGAGAGCGCCAUCGAUGCUAGUGAAGAGGGUGAUGGAAUUUCUGCAGCCAGCGCAAGGGCACCGGUGGCUUAUGCUAUUUUGGCUGCCUAUCAGUUCAGAUGGUUUGUUACUCAGGUGGAUGCUCCAUAUAUAGGGAAGUUGUCCCCUUUGUUGAUUCCAUGUGCUCUCACAGCUCUUGAUCACUGGUCUCCUGAAGUGAAAGGCCAAGGCAUGAUAAGCUUUAUAUAUCUUGCGAAAAAUAUGGAUGCUGAAGAGAUUGGUGUGUAUGCUGAUGUUAUUCUUGAUGCUUGCUGCCAAAAUGUUGCUUCUGACGAUGAGAUAUGGCAAUAUGUGGUGGAGAUGUCAGUUCUUCUUGUCACUUUAACUCAGCAAAGAAAUCCCCGUAGUUCAUGGUAUGAGAAGCUGCUCAAUGAAAUGUUAAAUCAUUUAGAAAGGCAACCAAGAAACAAGCAGCGGCGCAUCACAUGGCUAACACACUGUGAGCCACUGUUCAGUGGUCUUGGUCUCGUACUGCUUGCCCAUUUCAGGCGUCUUUUCCCUCUUUUCUUUAAGUGGAUGCAUGCGGAUGAUGAUGAAACAGUUUUACUGGUUCUGGAGCGAAUGACAACUGUUGUGAAACUUGCAUGGAUAAGGAAUUCUCUGUACAUUGAAAGGUUGGUGGAUGAGCUCAUCACUCUAUACAAGGAUGCAGCGCUCAAGGUUGCAUGUGAAGAUAUUAGAUCACUCAUCCUUCAAAUGCUAAAACUGAUUCGUGUGUCCCAUAGACCACAGUUCAAUGCAAUGUGGGUCAAGCAUAAGGAUGAUCCAAACUUAACAGCUCUCUUCCCAUCCUUGAGUGAGAAAGAAGUAUAAGGAUGGUCCAAAACUUAAGAGCUCUUGUACCAUCCUUGUGUGAAAGAAAUCCUGCAAUGAAGUAUAGUGUAAGGCACAGCUUCACCAAAACCUUGUGGCAACUUGCAAUGAACCAUGUAUACCUAUUUAAGGAAAAAAAAAUACAAAACAAACAGACGAGAAAAGCAAAGUACUAUAUUUAGGACAGUUGCUUGAAGAUGGACAUACUUGAGAAGAUAUUUCCUCCCAGAGAAAGAGGCUCUUUUGCAUUUCUAUAGCCACUUCAAAAGUGGUAUUUGCUUGCAUCCCAAACACCAAUAUCCCCACUGGUGAUUCGACAGCAUACGAUCACUCAAAACGAGAAGGAAAACGAUCUUUAGUUGUGCAGUAACAAUCUCUGAAUAGUUUUAACAUAACGGAGUUCUUCCAGGAGUCGUGUAUAUUAUAUAUUCAUGGAAGUUUGUUGUAUAGCAUAACAGAACCGGCAUUUUAUCUUCCGUGCCAAUAUUUCUUGAUGGAUUAUGCAACUUAUUA